CUACCACCUCCAUCGCUUUUCUCCACCUCCAAGGCUCCAAUUCAAUUCCAUCGCGCUGUCGUCUUCGUUGCCCGGUCGCCAUUUUUUCCUCCUGAUUUCUUCUUUUUCUUCCCUCACUAUAUGGUCAGGCCUCUGCCUGUCCCUCUCGUGUCGUGCCGUUGUGCGGUGCUCGAUCCUGCCCGUCGCCUCUCCGGCCACCGCUGAGAAGAUCCACCAUUAAAUGCCUGAUCCACCCACCUCCUCCUCCUGGCUUCCCUAUAUCACUCACCCAUCCACCUCGCUUCGACCUCACCUCACAGACUCCUCACACUUAGUACUGUUAGCCAGGAACAAGCCCCAGCAGCAGCAGCAGCAAUGGCCGUGGAGAACGGCAGCGCCGACGAGGCGGCGGCGGUGACCGUGACCGUGACCGGCGCCCGCACCGUGGCGCCGGCCAAGAACCGCUGCACGCUCGCCACCUUCGACCUCCCCUACAUCACCUUCUACUACAACCAGAAGCUGCUCCUGUACCGCGCCGCCCCCGACUUCCCGGACGCCGUGGCGCGCAUGACGGCCGCGCUCGCCGACGCGCUCCGCGUCUUCUACCCGCUCGCCGGCCGCAUCCGCCAGGACGACGGCGGCGCGCUGGCAGUCGAGGGCGACGAGGGCGCCGAGGUCUUCGAGGCCGAGGCCCAGGGCGUCGCCGUCGACGACCUCGCCGGAGGGGACUGCAGCGACGAGGCGGAGAAGGUCUUGCAGCACCUCGUGCCCUACACCGGCGUCAUGAACCUCGAGGGCCUCCGCCGCCCGCUUCUCGCCGUCCAAUUCACAAAGCUCAAGGACGGUCUGGCGGUGGGGUGCGCCUUCAACCACGCGGUGCUGGACGGCACCUCCACGUGGCACUUCAUGUCCUCCUGGGCCGAGCUCUGCCGCGGCGUACCCCUGUCGCUGCAGCCCAUCCACGACCGGUCCCUGUCCCGCUCCGUGCGCGUGCGGCUGGAGCUGCCGGCGUCCGCCGAGGCCCACGAGAAGACGGACCCGAACGGGCCGAAGAAGGCGCUGGUGGCCCGCGUCUUCUCGUUCCCGGAGCCCACCGUGGCGCGCAUCAAGGCCGCGGCCAACGCGGCGCUGCCGCCGGGCGCAAAGCCCUUCUCAACGUUCCAGUCCCUGGGGGCGCACAUCUGGCGCGCCGUCUCCCGCGCCCGGGGCCUCGGCCCCGCCGACAUCACCGCCUUCGCCGUCUUCGCCGACUGCCGCGCCCGCCUCGACCCGCCCCUCCCGCCGGCCUACUUCGGCAACCUCAUCCAGGCGGUGUUCACGGGCGUGCCCGCGGGGAUGCUCCUGGGCGGGCCCCCCGAGCUGCCCGCGGGCCUGCUGCAGAAGGCCAUCGACGAGCACGACGCCGCCGCGGUCACCAGGAGGCUGGAGGAGUACGAGGCGGCGCCCAAGCUGUUCCACUACAGCGACGCCGGCCCCAACUGCGUGGCCGUCGGCAGCUCGCCGCGCUUCAGGGUCUACGACGUCGACUUCGGCUUCGGACGGCCCGAGCGCGUCCGCAGCGGCGGGAACAACAAGUUCGACGGCAUGGUGUACCUGUACCCCGGCCGCGGCGGUGACGGCGGCAUCGACGUCGAGCUGGCGCUGCAGCCGGAGCCCAUGCAGAGGCUGGAGAAGGACGACGACUUCUUCCUGCGCCAGGCGGCAGCCUAAGCCCGAGUCGUCGAUCGUCGUGUCAGUGUCCACUGUCCACCCAUCCAGUUCGUUGAUCGUGCUUUAUUUUAGUAGUAAGUAUUGUGUACGUUCCUGCUUGCUAUAUUAUUAUUAUACUAGUGUUUUGCUUUGUUCCUUGAUUAAUUGUACGAGCUAGGCGUGCGUGUUGGAUUACACUGUAUUUGCUGGACUGGAGCUGAAUAAGGAUGGACCAGACUUCGAUU